AGGGCACGGCGACCAGCUCGUCUGGGCUUCGCACGAGCCCUGCGAGGUCCGGCUGAGAGUAUGCAGCCAGAGGAUGCCGUUUGGUGCCUGCCUGGCAGGCCUGCCUGCCAGCGAGAAGCUCCUCGGCGAGGGGAAGCUGAAGCUGGUGCUGGGAGCCGCCUCGCCGGGCUGCCCCGCGGCCGCCAGCUCCUUCGGCAAGGCGCGCCUGCUCCUGAAUCCACAGACGGCCUGGGGCUGCGACUGCCGGGAGGUCAGCGUGGUGCUGCGGCGCGGCUGGGAGUGCGCUGGGAGGCUUGGCGUGCGCUGCACCAUCGCAGGGGCGGCUGCAGACUGGCCCCUGGCGCCAACGCCUCCGCACGGCCUGCCCGUCGCAGGCGCCGCCGGGGCGGGUUUCGACCGGCUGGGCGCGGGCGGCCCUGCGCCGCGGUGGCCCUCUGUUCUUGAAGGGUG